AUGACUGCCCGGCGGCACAGAAGAGGCUGGGCCUGGGUCUCUGCCGUGGCCACCCUGCUCUGCAUCUUGCAGACCACAGUGGUACUUGCAGAGGAGCAUGUUCGAACGGGCCAACGAUCUCAUCGACUGCACCCAGAAGAUUUAGAUACCGUUUCCAAAGUGGCCUCCGCUGAGGACGGCAGCGCUGCAGCGACAGACGAUGCGACGCACCAGCUGACGGCGGGGGCCAUGCAUCCAAAGAAGGUUCUGCGGCCGGCCAUUGCAGCAGCGCACCACACAGCCCACCCACACGAGCACCACCACAUUACUCACCGCGGCGGCGGCUACGGAAUGACCGGGGACCGGCCGGCCUGCCGCGCCAGGGACAUGUUCUCACAGUCUGGGUCGCUGCCGGGGGAGUGGGUGCCACACGCAGACACGGCAUGGGCGGGUGACUACGAGCAUGGAGAGUGCCCUCACUUUGCAAAAGAUUUUGACUGCACCACGGGGGCCGGGGAGUUGUAUCACCGCAACAAGGAACUGGCAAAGACCGAGUUCAACAAGGUCUUCCAGCCGUACAAGUGUGAGCUGCAGCCCUUCAGCGACAGGGGCUUUGACAAGUGCCUUGCGGGCCGGCGGCUCAUCAUGAUCGGCGACUCGACCAUGAAUGGGAUCUUCAGUUCGCUGGCGUGCCUGCUGCGGAAUCGAAUUGAGAGCGGCCGGCACAUGCCGUGGGAGGUCUCUAACAUCACCAAGAUCCACGACAACAUUGAGUACAUGUCCAGGGGAGGGGAGGCCAUAAAGCAGGUGACGGGGGAGAUGUUUCUAGAGGGGGGAGGCGAGUUCAAGCUCUACGGCUUUGGACGCUUCAACCUGACGCUGUGGGACAAAGUGAUAGACGAGCUGCAGCCCAUCACAAAGCGGGACACCAUCCUAGUCAACUUCGGUGCCUGGUACCACCGCUUCUUCUUUGACAAGGGCCCCAAGGAGUACCAGGCCUGGCAGCAUGACAUCUAUGAGCUGCUGCAUGAGCGUCUUAAAAACUACCCUGCGCAGGUUCAACAGGAGCUGCCAGACAGAAUCCCGCCGCUGGAUGCAUGCAAACCCACCAAAAUAGGAGAGUACUGGUUUGACCAGCAUAUGCACAACAUGCUGAAGAGUUGCGGACAGCCUUGCGCCCACAUUGGUAUUCUUCCCCUAUUUGAGGCCUCGCUGGGCGCCCACAAUCUUCACCACGGCAUAUACGGCCGCGGGCGAGAGGAGGGGGAGAUAGAUUGCACCCACUACUGCCAGCAUGCGCGAGAUGUUUGGAGCACCAUCCUGUACAACUACAUGUGCGGAGGGUGA